CUGUCGAGUGUCGGGCGUUGGCGGAGAGCCGGAGAUAUUGAUUGUUAUUGUUGAGGUGAAUGUGCUCAGACAGGUUGUUAACGAUGUAGGCGAAGAGUUGGGUAGUGUUGAAAAUUGUCUAGUGUUGAGAAGCAGUUCGUAGUGGAAAAAUGGUGGACAUACUUAGGAGUAACUUUGAAGAGAAAUUGCCGGAGAUAAAAGCUGCACUAACAAAUGCAAAGUUCAUUGCAAUUGACACGGAAUUUACAGGGUUGUCCGUGUACAAAAAUUACAAGCCAAGUCUGUUUGACACAGGAAGACAGAGAUAUGAAAAAUUAAGAAGAAAUCUUGAAAAAGUAAUUAUUAUACAGAUUGGUUUGUCUGUAUUUUCAUAUGUUCGAGAUGAAAAUAAAUAUGUUGCGAAUAUAUACAGAAUACCUGUUUAUCCCUGCAGUUUUGGUUCAAUAGAUAGUGUUUACCUCACACAGGCAUCAUCUGUCCAUUUCCUGUGUGAGUAUGACUUCGACUUCAAUAAGGUGAUGUAUGAAGGCGUUCCAUAUCUGAAUUUGCGAGAUGAGAAACGGCUGAAGCAGGAAUUGCAGGAAUGUAGAAAUGUGAUUGAUCUCAGAAAUCUGAGUUUCUUGGAAGAAGAAGCAAUAAUUUAUUUGAAGACUGAAAUGGAUAAAGUGGUUGACUGGGUAUCUACAGCUUGCAUUGGAGAUACAUUAUUACUAUCAACCUUUCUAAAAGCAAGAAUGAAGAGACAGCUAGGUUAUUGUCUUCACAUUGAACUGCGACAUAGGUUCAACAACAUUUGGACAUAUGGUGAUGAAGAAGGUAUCAUUGUUAAAAAGAUUGCAACAGAGAAACAUCGCUUAAUGUCUAACAAAGAGAAUAAGGAAAAAUUAGAUGAAGACUUUAUCCACUAUCUGCUUGGUUUCUCCCAUAUUUUCAAACUGUUAGUUGAACUGAAGAAACCAAUUGUGGGACACAAUUGCCUUUUAGACCUAAUGCUUUUGUACCAGCAGUUCCAUGAUGUUUUGCCAGGGUCUUAUAGCUCAUUUAAGAAGAAAAUGAAUGAACUGUUUCCAAAUUUGUAUGACACAAAGCACAUUAGUUUCGAACUACAGCACAGGCUGGACAGAGAUGUUCUGCCCUCAACAAUACUUUCCGACUUGUACGCAUUUUUUGAGGAAGGGAGAGGCUCUGUGCUAGGAGCGUAUACUCCAACUGUAGAAACAGAGUUUGGUGAUGAUGGUGUUACAAAACAAAUUCAUGAUGCUGCUUGGGAUUCCUAUGUUUCUGGAUAUUGUUUUAUUCGAAUGGCUCAUGUUAUUGCUAAUAGAAAGUUUGAAAUAAUAGUACAGCAACCACUAACAAGUGUGGAACAUUUCACAUCCCUGGAAGACUUCAAAAAUAAGAUUAAUGUCAUCCGUUGUGCUGUAUCUCAUAUAUGUCUCAGUGGUCCUGAUCCAGAGUCAAGGCGACCUCAAUGGAUAUAUGUAGAAACAAGAACAAACAGAAAACUAUCUGAAGAUGAGGUUUAUCUUCUCUUUUCUCAAUAUGAUGCUGUUGAUGUUACUCUGUAUUCCAAGAAUUCUGCUCUCGUGGCAAUUGGAAACUCCAGAAGCGCAAGAAUGAUUCGGAAAAAGUUACAAGAAAAUGAAGAGUUCAAAGUUACAAGUUACAGUUUAAUCAGCCAUAACAAACUGCUUCGCUGUGUGCUAUGGAUAUGUGCAGCUUCCACAAGUAUGACAGCAGCAUGGUUUAUCACAAGACAUGCAAUUCUUCGUAACAGAUAAAACCAUAACUCUUGUAUUGUGUAGAUUUGCACCUUGGGUAGCAAAUGUUUCCACAAAAUGUGUAAACUGGAUGCAGUCACAUUUUUAUUUUUGAACAGAGCAGCACAAUAUGUGCAAUUGCAGACUAGAAAUUUAUUUGUAAGUCUUGUAAUAAUGUAGCCUGUUUCCAGCCCCUUUUGUUUUUUAGCUGUACUUCUUAUUACUUAUUUUACUUUAAAAAAAUAGGUACCUAUUUUUA